AUGGAAACAGACACAAUGGCCCCUAUUAUCCGUGUCAUUGGAUCUCUCAAUGCCGACAUGGUGUCUGUGACGUCUCGGUUCCCCGACCCUGGAGAGACCAUUACUUCCUCCUCAUAUUUCACCAGCGCUGGUGGCAAAGGCGCUAACCAGGCUGUUGCCUGUGGCCGAUUGUCUCGCUCAAAACCGGACUCAACUACACCCUCGAGCAAGGCGCCCGUGAAGGUAGAAAUGGUCGGUGCCGUGGGAGGUCUGGAUGGUCACUUUGAAGCUCUGCUCAAGCCCACGCUGGAAAAAUCUGGCAUUGAUGUAUCCCGGGUUCGGAUAGUCAAGGAUGCAUAUACAGGUGUGGCCGUUAUUAUUGUUGAUUCGUCAGCUGGAGGUGAAAAUCGGAUCCUGUUCUCACCAGGCGCCAACUAUCAAGGAAUGAAGCCGGAGCCUCAGGUGUUGGGUAUGGGAUUGGCCGCCCCAGUGCCGGAUGUGAUUGUCAUGCAGGGAGAGAUCCCCGUGGAAACGCUGAUUGGGACACUUCGAGAGAUCGCUGCUUUCAAGGCGAAGAACCGGGCUGCGGGAAAGCGAGGUAUUGAAGUGGGUCCCGAUGUCAUGGUCAACCCGGCCCCUGCUCCACCUGGUGGACUGCCAGAUGAUGUAUAUGCAGCUGUUGACCACUUGAUCCUGAAUGAGACGGAAGCCGAGCUAAUGUCUCCAUCAACCGAGCACCUCCUCAAAGUGGUUCCAGAUGCGGAUGGCCAGCCAGGGAACGAGCAGGUGGCGCGGUACUUCCACAAACUGGGGGUGACUUACGUGCUUAUCACAUUAGGUUCCAAGGGUGUCUGGUACAGUGCCAGUGAGGCUGGAUCCUCUGGCCCUGUUGACGGGGUUAACCGGUUCACUAAUCAGAUUCCUGCCGCCAAGGUCCAGCAUGUGCUGGACACGACCGCAGCCGGUGAUACCUUUGUGGGCGCAUAUGCGGUUGAUAUUGCGCGGUGGCGUGAACAACGACGUGCCGACGGCAAGGCUGGCCUGGAUAUAACAGCCGAAGAGAAACCCGUCCGAUACCACAAGAUAAUGAAUGAAUCUAUGGGAUUGGCAGCACGGGCUUCAGCCCGCGCCGUGGAGCGGCGAGGAGCCAUGGACAGCAUUCCUUGGGAGGACGAAAUCUAA